CGUAAGAUUCAGAUUAUCCGUUCCGUAUUUGAGGUUACCGUUAGUCUCGCCCUAGUGAUAACGUUUACUGCGAGAUUUUGCGUUAUUAUGGGCAUGUUUUGUGUCAAAGCACAUGUAUAUAAUGUACGUCAUGUAAAAUUAUUAUGAUAGUUUUUGAGCGGUAAAGCUUCGAAAAGAAGCAUGGUGAAUUUUCACUGCAUAGCGGAGGGUUGCUCCAACGAUUCACGAAAGAAACAUAAUGCUGUAAAGUAUCCUGAUAUGAUUUUAAAUGGAUGUAUCGUCGACUUUCAUGUACUUCCUUCAGUCAUAAAGAAUCCUAAACUAAGGAAGCUCUGGUUGUCUCAGAUAAGAAGGGAAGGGUUUAAUCCCGAUCCAAAUUGUCACUGGCAUGCACUUUGCUCCCGUCAUUUUAUUGAAGGAAGACCUACGAAGGAAAAUGCAGUCCCAACCCUAUUUGCCUACAACAACUACAAAACUGGAACACCAAGAGACACCAAGAACAGUACCUUACGUCCCAUUGAACAAUUGAUAUUGACAACACAACCAGCAAACAUUGUUACAGUUUCACAACUGCCAAAAGUACCAAGACAAAAGAAUAACAUACCAGAUAUUCCAGUAAUUUCCUACAUUGAAAAGCCAAGUUUUGACCACACUUUAUAUUGCACUAGCACUGAAGUUAGUGAAGAUGUCUCCAUUGAGGAAAAAUGUGCGAUAUUAAUUGAAAAUAGCAACGCUUUAGAGCAAAAAUGUCAAAGAUAUGAGACAGAUAAUAACCAGCUACAGAAGCAAGUUAAAUUGCUACAAGUUGAACUUCAUGCUACCAAAGAGGAAAAUAAAGAUUUAAAUGAGAAGUUUAAUAAUACAGAUGAACUGCUUAAGGACAAACUUGUUGAAAAGUUGACUAAAUCAAAUAGUAAUGUUAAAUGUUUUCUUGGACUGCCAAGUAUUUCAAUGCUUUUGGGAAUUUUCAAAUUAUUAGAAGGACAUGCUUCAAAAAUGAAAUACUGGAUGGGUCCCGACUCAAGUGACGGUAAAAGAUGGCAAGUAAAUAAUAAGAAAAAACCUGGUGCUUCAAGGAAGUUGACUUUUUUUGAAGAGUUUGUUAUAACUCUUUUGAGAUUGAGGCUAGGACUAAACACAUAUGUGUUGUCUCUUUUGUUUGGUGUUUCACAGUCAACAAUUAGCAGGGUUUUCACGACUUGGAUAUCUUUAAUAGCACAAUGUUUAGGACCACUUAUUAAAUGGCCAUCUAAAGAAAAGAUUAAAAAACACAUGCCUCUAUCAUUUCGUAGAAAAUAUCCUAACACUCGUGUAAUCAUCGAUGCUACUGAAUUUUAUGUGCAGAGACCAAGAAACCCAACAGCACAGUCAAAAACGUGGUCAAAUUACAAGUCAAAAAACACUUUUAAAACGCUUGUAGGUAUAACACCAAAUGGAGCUUUUUCGUUUAUAUCUGACUUAUUGACUGGUAACAUUUCUGAUAGGAGCAUUACUGAAAGAAGUGGAUUCAUUGAUCUGAUUGAAAAGGGGGAUCAUGUAAUGGCUGACAGAGGUUUUUUAAUCAAAGACUUAUUAUUAUCAAAAGGUGCCACCUUAAAUAUGCCACCAUUUACCAGACCAUGUAAACAUGGAAAAGGACGAUGUCUUACGGCAAAGGAGAUUAAGGAAUCAAAAUCCAUAGCCUCUUUGAGAAUACAUGUAGAAAGAUCAAUCCAGAGACUGAAAUCUUAUAAAUUCUUAAGUGGUGUUAUGCCAAUAAAUUCACUUUCUGUAGCUAAUCAGGCUCUUAAGGUUGCAGGAUUUUUUUGUAACCUGAUGAAACCAUUAGUUCAAAAGUUAUAA